AUAAAAGCACUUCGAGUAUAUCACAAAGUAAGCCUGGUUCUGCUCCAGGAGGUGGAGAGAAUCACGGAUCUUGCCACCGUAAGCCUCUCGCACCCAGACCCCCGAGGAAGUUGGGGAGGGGGCUUAGGUGCACUUCCAGCAACGCCCCUCUUUUGCCUUCCAGUUGUUAUUCACACAGUGGGGCCGAUUGCCCAGGGGGAGCCCAGUGCCUCACAGCAGACCGAACUUAGCAACUGCUACAAGAACAGCUUGAAACUCGCCCUGGAGAACAAACUGCAAACAGUGGCCUUUCCUUGCAUUUCCACUGGUGUGUUCGGCUACCCAAAUGACGCUGCUGCGGAGGUUGUCCUUAACACACUGCACAAGUGGCUAGAAGACAACAAGGACAAGGUCGAGCGACUUAUCGUCUGCGUCUACCUGGAGAAGGACGAUGAAAUCUACAAGGAGAAGCUGCCCCAGUUCUUUCCCAUCGCAGAUUCCUGCGGGGAACGCCCGUCCUCAGGACUCUGAGGGUGCUUCGUGCGAAUCCUCCCGCUCCUCUGCAGCAGGAGACGUCAGAUCAUUUCAAAGGGGGACAGCUGGAAGAAACAUCCACCCUUCCCCAGGCACAGUCAGCCGCAUUCCGGAAUAAAAAUGCGAACAUAA